AAUUCAAGCUAGUAGCUAAGCCUUAUCAUCAAGAACAAGACUAGUAGCAUUUUUUAUGCAUACGCACGAAGACUUUCGUAAAGUUCGUGAAGUACAUUUACCAACUCCUGUAGUUGCACCAAUCCACUGAGCUUCAACCUUUUGUCAGUUCGAUUCGUUCCUCCUCUCAAAUCCAUUCAAUUCAUCAAAACAUUUAUGUACAACUCUUUUUCCUUCAAUCGACAAAUGGUACAAUUUAUGUCUUCUAAAAUGAACUCUAUUUCCCUCUUUAUCACCUUCUUUCUAAUUCCGUUUGUAAAUUCAGUCUACUUUAAAAUACCAUGUUUUGGUCCGGACGUGACUGAUAUACUCUGUGAAGGAGAUGCAGUUGCUUCUAUAGGAGAGAUUGAGUUUAACAAAGUUACUUAUCUUUGUCGCGCUGCACAUGCUAUAUAUAGAGAGAAAGUACCAAUUUGGGAUCCAGACUCUAUUAAACUUGCUGAUUUCUCGACACAUUUUUUGUUCACUAUCGAUACCCUAAAUCGUUCUUUGUAUGGUCAUGGCAUUGCAUUUUUCCUCGCUCCGGUUGGUUUUCAGAUUCCACCUAACUCAGAUGGUGGUUUUCUUGGACUGUUCAAUACUACCACCAGUGAUUCAGCUCAAAACCAAAUUGUUGUUGUUGAGUUCGACUCGUUUUCCAACCCUGAAUGGGAUCCUCCAUUCGAACAUGUUGGUAUAAACAAAGAUUCUAUUGCUUCAUCUGUGACAGCUCCUUGGAAUGUUAGUUUACAUAGUGGAGAUCCUAUCGAUGCAUGGAUUACUUACAAUUCUACGACAAAUAAUCUAAGUGUCUUUUGGAACUAUGGAAAAGGCUCCAAUUCCAGCAUAUCUUAUAUAAUAAACCUUAGAGAGGUUUUGCCUUCGUGGAUAACGAUAGGAUUCUCUGCUGCAACAGGUACAAAUGUUGAAAGACAUACACUUGAAUCGUGGGAGUUCAGCUCGAGUCUUGAUAUAACAGAGUUAGGGGGAAAUGGUCGCAGAAAGAUUGGAUUGAUUGCAGGGUUAACAGCAUUAGGAGGAGUUUUGUUUGUGAGCGCGAUUUUGGCUUUAGUAAUAUUGAGGAAAUGGAGACGACAAAAGAUGAAGAAAAAUCCAGAGACUAUAAGCUUAACAUCUUUCAAUGAUGAUCUUGAAAAGGGAGCAGGUCCGAAAAAGUUUUCUUACGAAGAGCUGGAUACUUCAACGAAUCACUUCUCAGAGGAAAGAAAGUUAGGCGAAGGAGGAUUUGGAGAAGUAUAUAAAGGUUACCUCAUAGAUCUUGAUAUCGCGAUUGCUGUGAAGAAGAUCUCGAGAGGGUCUAAGCAGGGAAAGAAGGAAUACAUAACCGAGGUGAAGGUUAUAAGUCGGUUAAGACACAGAAAUCUUGUGCAGCUAAUUGGUUGGUGUCAUGACCAAGGUAAGUUCUUACUUGUCUACGAAUUCAUGCCAAAUCGUAGCUUAGAUUGUCACUUAUUUGGUAAGAGCAAUCCUCUUAGUUGGAGUACGAGGUAUAAGAUAUCACUCGGAUUAGCAUCCGCCUUGCUCUAUCUACACGAAGAAUGGGAGCAGUGUGUGAUCCACAGAGAUAUCAAAUCGAGUAAUGUAAUGCUCGAUUCAAGUUUUAAUGUCAAGCUCGGUGAUUUUGGUUUAGCUAGACUAAUGGACCAUGAAUUAGGUCCUCAGACUACAGGACUGGCUGGAACUUUAGGUUAUUUGGCUCCUGAAUACAUAAAAACAGGCCGAGCAAGUAAAGAGUCAGACGUAUACAGCUUCGGAAUAGUUGCACUAGAAAUUGCAACUGGAAGAAAAUCAGUUGAUCCGGGGACGGGGAAAUCUGAUGCAGGGUUAGUGGAGUAUGUUUGGGAGCUUUAUGGUAAAGGACAACUUCUUUCUGCUGUUGAUGAGAAAUUAAACCUGGAUUUUGACGCGAAACAAGUAAUUACCGGGUUAUGGUGUGCUCAUCCGGAGAGCAAUCUGAGGCCGUCUAUAAGACAAGCAAUUCAUGUUCUGAAUUUUGAGGCAUCAUUGCCUAAUAUACCAAUAAAGAUGCCAGUUCCUGUGUAUUAUUUACCUAGUUCUGGUGGACUAGGAGUUAGCUCAGGGGAGCAUACAAUGACUUACACGAGCAUUGAUGUGGGUCGUUAAUUAUUUGCAAAUAUUAUGAUAUUGGUCCGAGAUGAGCUUAAUUUGCUUGACAUUGUGGCAUAGUAUUAGUAGUAGUUUUUGUUGUUGUAUUAUCUUGUAUAGUCCAGUGGCUUGUAAAUCUUGUGAAUGUACAAAUAAUAAAAGCUUUCAUGUAACAUUGGGUGUAAGAUUGUGAAAGUUUUUUUUAAG